AUGGAUUCCAACAAAGUCAUCGUUUGCGACAAUGGAACAGGUUUUGUUAAAUGUGGAUUUGCAGGAGCUAACUUCCCAACUGCUAUCUUCCCAUCGAUGGUUGGUCGCCCAAUCAUGCGUUCCGAGGAGAAGGUAGAGAACGUCGAGAUCAAGGACAUCAUGGUCGGUGACGAAGCCGCCAAGCUGCGCUCCAUGCUCCAGAUCACCUACCCACUGGAGAACGGUAUCGUCCGUAACUGGGAGGACAUCCUGCACGUCUGGGACUACGCCUUCAAGGAGAAGUUGAAGAUCAACAACCCACGCGAGUGCAAGAUCCUGCUGACCGAGCCCCCCAUGAACCCAUUGGCCAACCGUCAAAAGAUGGUCGAGACCAUGUUUGAGAAGUACGGCUUCCAGGCCGUCUACGUCGCCAUCCAGGCCGUGCUCACCCUGUACGCCCAGGGUCUCCUGACCGGUGUUGUCGUCGACUCUGGUGAUGGAGUCACUCACAUCAUCCCCGUGUGCGAGGGUUACUCCAUCCCCCAUCUGACCCGUCGUCUCGACGUUGCCGGUCGUGAUGUCACCCGUUACCUCAUCAAGCUGCUCUUGCUCCGUGGUUACGCCUUCAACCGUACCGCUGAUUUCGAGACUGUUCGUCAGAUCAAGGAGAAGCUCUGCUACGUUGCCUACGACCUCGAGCAAGAGAAGAAGUUGGCCAACGAGACUACCGUCCUCGUCGAGUCAUACACUCUGCCAGAUGGUCGUGUGAUCAAGGUUGGAAGUGAGAGAUUCCAGGCCUCAGAGGCUUUGUUCCACCCCAACUUGGUGGACGUCGAUGGAGGUGGUGUUGCCGACCUUCUGUUCGACUGCAUUCAGAAGUCCGAUCGUGAUCUCCACAAGGGAUUCUACGAGCACAUCGUCCUCUCUGGUGGUUCCUCUAUGUAUCCAGGUCUGCCAUCUCGUUUGGAGAAGGAGAUCAGACAGCUCUACCUCGAGAAGGUUCUGAAGGGAGAUGCCAGUGGAAUGGCCAGAUUCAAGUGCAGAAUCGAGGAUCCACCAAGAAGAAAGCACAUGGUGUUCUUGGGAGGUGCUGUGUUGGCCGAGCUCACUAAGGACCGUAAUGACUUCUGGAUCACCAAGAAGGAGUACGAGGAGAAGGGCAUCAAGUGUCUUGACAAGCUCACCAAGCUCACUGUCUAA